UCCCGUCAGUAUUUUUAGCAUCAGGUCACCUCUCUCUCUCGAUCUCUCUCUCCUCCCUCCUGUAGACAGACUUGCAGUUAUUGACUUGUGUUAGACAGGGAACCGGCCGGUUGGGCUUGGAUGACGGAGGUUACGAUGGCGACUCGACUGGAGGCACUUCUUGGAGAGCGAGUCAUCAGGGUAUCGGGCGAGCCCGUGGGUGUCAGGACGUUAUGUGGAAAAGACAAAGUCAUCGGAUUUUAUUUCUCAGCACAAUGGUGCCCCCCUUGCAAAGGAUUCACGCCAAAGCUUGCGGAAUUUUAUAAAAACUUCAAAAGCUCAGAGAAAGGAUGUACCCUAGAAAUUGUGUUUGUAAGUUGGGACAAGGAUUUGACAUGUUUCACGGAAUAUUUCUCGACCAUGCCGUGGUUAGCCCUACCAUAUCAAGACCGGGACAGAAAGGCAAAGUUGGUGAAGAAGUUCCGAGUUCAGGGCAUCCCGAAGUUGGUGCUGCUGGAUGGGGAGACGGGGAAGGUCAUCACAGUCGACGGCUUCAACCACGUACAGGAGGACGAGGCAGGCCAUGGCUUCCCAUGGAAGUUAAAACCGUUUCAUGAUGUCAUGAAGGGAAAGUUACUACAUGAGAAAGAAGAAAUAGAUGCAUCAAUAUUGCAGGGGAAAGUGGUUGGAUUGUACUUCUCAGCUCACUGGUGUCCACCAUGCCGACACUUCACGCCAGAGCUCUUACGACUGUAUGAGAAGCUGCGAGAAGAUGGGAAGAGCUUUGAGGUUGUGUUUGUGUCUUCUGACCGAAGCGCAGACUCCUUCGAGCAGUACUAUUCAACCAUGCCAUGGCUGGCGCUUCCGUUUGGAGAUCCCAGGGUUCACUACCUCACCACACAGUUCGGCAUUGCAGGUAUCCCCAGUCUGAUUCUGAUCGAUGAGAAGGGUAACGUCAUCACUCUGAAUGGACGGUCAUCACUGCUGACUGACAAGACAGGAGCAGAGUUUCCCUGGUAUCCCAAGGCGCUGAAUGAGCUCACACAGAAUGCCGCCAUACAGCUGAAUGAGUGCGUGUGUCUGGUCAUGUUCACAGAGGGCGAGCCGGAGGAGAUUGAGCGUGCUCAGGAGGUGUUGACCGACGUGGCAACACGGGAACAUCAGAAAGGGGAGGACCAGGAGAUAUUCUUCUUUUAUGGAGGAGAUGAUGAGUUCUGUGACCAAGUGAGAGACUUUGCCCACCUAGAUGACCAAAGUCCUCUUCUGGUCAUCCUUGACCUACCAAACCAACAAGUCUACGUCUGCUCCGAACCCAUCACACCGGAAUCUGCCACAUUAUUCGUGGACAACUAUCUUGAGGACAAGCUGGAACCACAGUCCCUGCGAGAAGCUGCGGCAAAACCCACAUAGUCCUUUGUCGCCAUGACAACAGAUCCACCACGUGCAUCUCCAUCCAGCCCUGGGUAUCUUGGCAGCAGUGAUUUACUAGCUACUGACACCAAAUGUGUUCCAAUCAACCCUUCAGGUCACUUGUGUUAGCUUGAUGUUUGUUGGCACAGUCAAACUGUGCCACAUCUAGCCCUAGUUGUCUGUGACCUGUUGAUAGGGCUCAGCUCUAUUGGUCACACCUUGCCAUUUCGAUCUUGCCAGUUCCGUCAGUGGUCAGGGGAAUAGUAGCAGGUCAACUGUUAGCAGUAUGCAGACAGUUGAACUUGAGGACAGGCAAUUCAUCUAUCAUUAGUAUAGUAUCUGGUCACCUGUGAAAUGUAAAACAGCAGUUAAACUGUGAAAUGUACAACAGCGGCUAAGGCCACACUAUUUUUAUUACUUGGUUUAUGUUUUUUUUUACAGCAAUAUUCCUGUCAGUAGGUGGUAAAAAAGAAAAAUUCCCCCAAAGUGGCUUUCACCACAAGAAGGCUGUUUAAAAGAACUAGAAUAUGCCAUCAGCAAUUGUUGUUCUCGUUUUCUACUAUAAUAGCGUUUAAAACUAAUUUCACGUUAAUUCAGCAAUUUUAUUUGUUUGAAUAUGUAAAUUUUGAUUUGCAACAAUGCUGAAUUCGUAACAGAUAGUCGAUUUCAAUAAAGUAGAUUUUUAGAUUAUUAUUUGGAUUUUAUUUAUCAGCGGUAUUAAAAAAUGGAAAAAUUGAUAUUUAAUUUUUUUCCACUUUAGCAAAAACUAUGUUCGGCAGAUCCAUAAACCAAGUAAUAAAAGAAAGUAUGGCCUUGACUGUGAAAUGUACAACAGCAGUUAAACUGAAAUGUACAACACUAAAUCUAUUGCUAGUACAUUUGUGUAGUAAUAUGUAUGACAUCAACAGAACUGUCUGAAGCACAAUUAUGGUUCAACUGUAUAAUGACAAAAACAGCUCCAGCUGUCACAUGUACAACAGUUCAACUGUCAUGUGUACAACAGUUCAACUGUCACAAGUACAACAGUUCAACUGUCACAUGUACAACAGUUCAACUGUCACAUAUACAACAGUUCAACUGUCAUGUGUACAACAGUUCAACUGUCACGUGUACAACAGUUCAACUGUCACGUAUA